UAGUUUUUGUGGUGGUGAAUUCAUUAAGCUGUGCAUUUGCUCCUCCAGUCCAAACCACAACCAGCACGUUAUUAUACACGUGUGGUUGUAAAACCUGAAUGUGUGAUUAUGUGUUUUGACCUAUUAGAAAUGACCAGAUAAUAUUGAUGCAAACGUUGUGUCUGGUCUUGUUCAGCAAGUGGCUGCUGCUAACGUGCGGCCCUUCAUUUCAGCAGCAUAGAGUGGCCACUUGAAGAUGGCUCAUUGUGGCGGGUUUUUCAUAGGUGUGUUGUUUUUAUGCUGAGCGGUAGCCUGGCUCUUUGAAAACCACCUCCCCGCUUGUUUACGGCAAUUCUAUCCCCAUCCGCCUAAUGAUUUGGCUGUUUUGACUACGCUCUUUGGUCUGUCCUCUUCAAAGCAGCAUUAAAGCCUCACUGUUUUUCCAUCGCUACCCUUUUCAUGUUAUUCACAUGCAGCAGUUUGUUGUAUCCACACACUCUCUCUCUCUCUCUUUUCUCCCAGGAACAGUGCAUUAUGACAGAAAGCAUUAUGAGUAAAGCUGCCACAAUGGAGAUUCCUAUCAACAGUAACGGGGACACAGGGACACUAACAGAAGACGACAGCCUUGAACAGGCUGCAAAUCUGCAGUGGAGCUUAGAUGAGAAAGUAGGGAGCUCCAGAGACACCAGGGACCUGCAGCAGGUGAUGGUGUCGGGUCCCAACCUGAACGAGACGAGCAUCGUGUCAGGAGGGUAUGGAGGAACAGCAGAGGGUAUCAUCCCCACCAGCUCCAUCAAAGGGCCAGCUGUGCACUACAAUGCAGAGUUUAACAAAAGGAUCCCAGUUACAGGAUUCGGCUCCAACAUGCACCACAGCAGCAGCAGCUCGUCGAUGACAGCGGAAGAAAUGACCCGUGGCGUGGCUGUGGAAAAACUAGAAACUGUGAAGAAGUGGGGUUACAACACAUACAAGUGCACAAAGCAGAUGAUCUCGGAGCGUUUUGGUCGGGGUUCCCGGACUGUGGACCUGGAGCUUGAGGCCCAGAUCGAGGUGCUGAGAGACACUAAAAGGAAAUAUGAGAAUAUGCUGCGAUUGGCCAGAGCCCUGACCAACCACUUCUACAACAUGGUGCAGACGCAGCACGCGCUGGGCGACACGUUCGCUGACCUCAGCCAGAAAUCUCCAGAGCUACGAGAUGAGUUUGGCUACAAUGCAGAGACUCAGAAGUUGCUGUGUAAGAAUGGGGAGACUCUACUUGGUGCCGUUAAUUUCUUCGUGUCAAGCAUCAACACACUAGUCAACAAGACCAUGGAGGACACCCUGAUGACGAUCAAGAUGUAUGAAAAUGCCAGACUGGAGUUUGAUGCCUACCGGUCAGACCUGGAGGAGCUGAGUCUGGGUCCGAGGGACGCUGUAGCUAUGGCUCGUAUAGACGCUGCUCAGCAGCAGUACCACGUGCACAAGGAAAAGUACGAACGCCUCCGCUCAGACGUCACCAUUAAACUCAAGUUCCUGGAGGAGAAUAAGGUGAAGGUGAUGCAUAAGCAGCUGCUGCUCUUUCAUAACGCCAUCUCCGCGUACUUCGCUGGCAACCAGCAGCAGCUGGAGCAAACGCUGAAGCAGUUCAACAUUAAGUUGAGGCCCCCAGGGGCCGACAAGCCCUCCUGGUUAGAGGAGCAAUGAGAGCGCCCCCUGCUGGACCUCCUACAGCCUCCAACUUGACCACCUCCACCUGUUAACCUGUUGAAACCCCCAACUUACAGAGGACCACUACAGAGAGAGACAUGCAGAUAACCGGGUGGAUGGAGAGUGAAGAGGGGUGUGUGCCUGGAUGACUGGACUGAUGAAUUACAGGGUAUUAUUGGUGAAUGGUCCUAAAACAGCAGGAAAUAGCUCGGCCAGUUUCAUAAACAGUCAGGGGGCUUUUAGUGCCUCUCUUCCCAACUUCCUUGUCUCACUUUAACCUUCUCCUUGUGCUUUGUUCCCAGAGACACUGUUCAUCUCUUCCUCCCUCUCUUACCCACUUACCCUAACCCCCUCCUAUCUACACUACUUUGCUGUGUACGCUUGUGUUAGUCAUUUUUAUGGCUAUUAUUGACCUCCUCAAGUGCUGAGUUAAAAUUCAACCCCACCCCACGCACCGCAGAAUCAGAGACAGACGAGUCGAGGAAAAACAGCUCAAAUCAUCCAACGCAAACGCAUCAACACUCUUCCAAACCGUCAUCACUCUCCUCGUGUGCCUCCUUGAAUAUGAGCUUAAGUUCAGAAACAAAUCGACGUACACAUGAAGGGGAUUUCUGUGGUACACUGGAAAAGAAAUGUGCAAAUAUUCUAACCAAGUGAUUUUUCACUUUUGAAAUAGUAUCUGAUUAUUUGUAGCCUAAAAAGAAAAACUGUUAAGUUUAGUAUUUGUUAAAUUUCAUCUCUUUAUUUUCGAAUCAUUUCCGUUAUUGAGAGCCGUGUGUUUUAUUGGUCAGAGUGCAGGACAGUAUAAUGUUAGAGCAGUGUGUGCUGGUGUUUAGACUGCGAGUGCUGCAGUGUUUAGUCUCUAAUUAUGAGAAAUAUUACACAUUUUAACCUGAAAAUAAUUCAACUCAUUCUGUAUGUGCAAUGAUGCAGGUCUUCAAUAAUUGUAUUUAAUUUGACAUGAGAGACGUGUGGUCAUGACUGAGGAGACACGAUGGGUCUUACGUUUCUGUCUAGGUCCAAUGAUGUUUAAUGGAGUCACUUCAUUAUUGAAUUGUUUAAAAGGACGGCGGUACAUUUUCUUUGGUUUUACAUUGACACAUAAUUUCCUUUAUGUGUUUUGUUUUUUUAAGUUUGUCUUUUUUCCGUUAACGAGAUCUUAUGUUAAUAUUUAGGCUAGAGUCCGACUGAUGUGGAUUUUUAGGGGCAAAUGUAAAUGUUAGGAGGUCAAACAUUUUGAAAACUGAUAUAUUGAUUGGCCCUAUAUAUAAAUAUAUAUAUAUGUUAACAAUACUUAGCAACGAUUUCUAAGAUAUUGAUAUUAAAGCCCCUUUUCCACUGUUACACUCACUAACAUGUGGAUUUUGUUUUUUACUCCCGGGUUAAUUACUUUAAUUUUUGCGUAAAAUAUAAUCAGACAUGUACGUCUUUUCACCAUUGCUAAUUCUGAAAAAUAAGUUUUCACAUUGGCAACAAAGAAAUGCUCACAUUAGCUGAUUUUUAUAGACCAUCCCCUUGAGCUCUAAUCUAGAAUCAUAUCUUUAAGAAUAUAUGUUUGUUUUCCUUUUCUUCACACUUCUUCAGAUUACUGUAGCUCCACAAUCCACUGACGCUAACAUUUCAACAGAAACUCUGACUAGAUAGUGAUUGUCAAACUAAUGAUUCUUCAUUUCUUUUAUCUCCUGUGACUAAAACAAUGCUGAAGUAUAAUAAUAGUAAACAAUCAUGAAUUGUUGAGAGUUUAGAGAAGGUAUUGCGGCGUAAUAGAGAAUGUUUAUGCGUCACUGUAUUUAUUAUGUUCAUCAUAUAUGUUAAUCUUUUAAAAUCUAACACACUGGAACUUCUUGUUUGUGCAAAUUACUUUUACGUUUAUGAUUUAAUGAAGUUCAAAGCGAUACAAAGAAUAUCCAAACUGUAAUUAAUCUACUCGAGACGAGAAAAUAAAUUCUGAGUUGAUGGAAUUGAGUUUCGUGGUGUCAGACCUCGGUGAAGUCAAAUGAUGAUUAUUCAGUGCAAUGAAUGUUGUACCACUCUGUAUUUAGCACCAGUCCUCCAGCUCCUUGUCUCCUCUGUAUUUGCAUGGCAGACAGAUUCAUAGCGUCGGUGCAGAUAUGUGUGUGAGUGCACUGAUGCUCUGCUCUUUGCCGUCUGUGCGCCAGCUCGCAUGGACUGGCCUAACGCCACGCUUUAGGGGAAAGUUCUGCAGGGAAUUGGAUUGAAUUUCUUUUAAUGACAAACAAAUAUCACAGAUGGAGUGUAAGAUGUAUUCCUUUGCUUGUGUUUUCUGAAUUCUUUCGUGACAGUUUGUCCACUGGGUGUAUUUUAUUGUGGCGUUAAAAAAAAAAAAUAUCUCUGUAAGACACUUUUUGGCUAAAAUUGCAGUUUCCCAGCUCCUGGUCUGAUCGACCACCACACAGCAAUAUUUGACCCUUUGAAAAUUCCUCUCCCUAACACCGAAAUGAAGAUUUAUGAAAUGAGAUAUUUUAUUUGUGUACAAUCAAUAUUUUGUAGGUUGAGCUGGUAUAUUGUACUUGAUUGCACAUAAUGGUAUUUAAGGUGAUAAAUGAAGUUGUGUCAUGGAUUGAUGUAGUACUCUGCCUUCAUUCCUCACUCAGACCUGAACAGUCCCAACUCACCCCAAGGGAACAAAAAAUAAAAAUACACGUUUUCAAAUGA